GCCUCCCGUGGUGCCCCGCGCGCACCGGAGCGCGCCAAAACUACCCUUCCCGUGACGCCACGCGCGGCAUGGAGAGGCGCGUGGCGGAGCGGGUGCGCGGCGCCUUGGUCCCCUUCGGCUUCGAGGUGCAUGCCUUUAAGGUUGGAUGGUACAAUGCUGUUCUCCAGCCAGCCUUUCAUCUCCCCUACCCAGAUGACACGCUGGCCUUCGUGGUCCUCAGCACGCCUUCAAUGUUUGACAAAGCCCUUAAACCUUUUGUGAACAAAGAACGUUUAAAAAUAAUCAGGGAUCCCGUGGAUCAGUGUGUUUCUCAUCAUUUGUCACGUGUGAAGGAGAAAUUCCCUGACCAGAAGGUGGAUGUCAUCUUUGAUUAUGAGAUCCUGCCAAGCCGAAAGCCCAAGUUCUUGGCACAGACAGCUGCCCAUGUUGCUGGAGCCGCAUAUUACUACCAAAGAAAGGAUGUGAAGCUCGAUCCUUGGGGUAAAAAGAAAAUCUAUGGCGUAUGUAUCCAUCCCAAGUAUGGCGGUUGGUUUGCUAUCCGGGGUCUCCUCCUGUUCCCCAAUAUUCAGGUACCGUUCCUGGAACAGUCUGCCCCUGUUGACUGUGUGAGCACAGAGGAAAAAAGAAUUGAGUUGCUGGAGCAAUUCAAUUUCCACUGGCAGAAUGGCCGCUACAGGGACAUAAUUGAGGUGAAGGAAAGGUACUCGGAGGAGCAAAAAGCCUACUUUGCCACUCCUCCAGCAGAGAGAUUCAGACUGCUAGGGCUGACCCAAGGACUCCAGAGGAGCACAUUUCACUGAGUAACGUGGCUGUGUGGAGGGGCAGAAGGCAAGCAAGCUGUAACUCAUCAGCACGUUCUUUUCCACGGUGCUGAGGAGGAUGGUGUGCUGAUACAGAGAUGGCAAAUCCAAGCAGCAUGUGCAGCAUCUCAAUCAAACACCAGCGUCUCAGGGUACGAGGGAGCACUGCAUCAUAGCAUUGUGGUCUGGAGGGAGGCAGGAGCAGUCCGUUCUGUGCUGUUGCUGAUUCGCUGUGUCUUUUUGGGAGCCUGCUAAGAUGCCAGUUAGCCUUUGGUUGGGAAAAGUUCAGACACCCUGGCAACUGGAAAAUCCAUGAUGCUCAUUAGAGAAGUAAUUUUUGUUCAAGAAUCUUUCCAAAUAUUUUGGGUUUAUUCUGCGUAAGAGUAAAAAAGUUAAUUUUCAGUCAUUGUACUCUGACAUUUCUUUUUUUCAUCUGAACUCAGUGCAGAUACUUUUUUAGAUGUAUCCAGCAUUUUAUUACUCUGUGUCAUAACCCUCCUUAGGGAAUAAAUCUUCAGUCUUUUCAGUCUUGCCUUCCUCAAAAAGAAAUUUUGUCCUGUAUUCCCUCACUUGCAGUGAAGCUGGCUUAAUUUAAUUAAGAAAUCUUUUUAUGUCUCCUUUCCUUAACAUCCAAAAGAAAAUUCUCCAGAGAUUAUUUCUUUGAGUAGUGUGAUCCUGCACAUGGAGCAGGAGUGAGCAAACAGCCAACAGCAGCCGCCUCCUUUGGGGUAGUUACGAAAGGGAAGGGGACACUACAGAGGUCACAGCUUGAGUCUGAUGCGUUUCCUCUUCGCCCAGGGUCAGCCUUGCAGGACAAGCUGGUGUCUUUAGGUCAGUUUUAAGCACGUACCCACUGCAUAGAGCAGCUGACUAAAGUCUUCGGAAAGAUGCUGAAUGAUGUCUAUGCAAGUGGAGUUUUUACUCCUAUUAAGAUAACUGACUGAAAAAGCUAACUCUUGUGGCCUUUGUCUACGGUAAACGAGGUUUGAAUUUAAAAUAUUUUUCAGUGCCAUGCCAGCACACACCCCACACACCGCAGUUUUAAUACCAUAGUUUUCUUUUGUACUUUACGCAUGGGGAGAUCGUAAACCUGCAUGUACAUAAAAACCAUUGCGUGAAGCAUUGUCACAUGCACAGGCAACCAAGCAGAGAAAAAGAGAGAGAAAAUACUAGUUAUGUUAAUGUUACUUAUAUUACUGGAUAAAACAUCUUCAGACAGAAACUUAUCACUUUUCAAUUUUUCUGAUUACUUUGUCCUGUUAGGUUUGUUCAGAGGUUACAAUGGCACCGGGGAUCAGGAAUUAAUUUAUCUUAGAGGACUUUGAGGCUCAGGCCUCGUAAAAAUAAUAUAAUACAAUAAUAUUUUGUGGGAGAUUUUUACUUGACUGCAGUGCAAUGCUGCAAAUCACUGAGCACUUUUUCCCUUUACUUGAUAUCAACGUGGUGAUGCAAAAAUAUUCACUUGGCAGAACUGAGCCCUUUCUUUUUAUUUUACUUUGUGAUUCUUCAUACCUUUUGGAGACCCAAACACUAAGGUUGCCCUCACAAUAAUUCACUGCUUGGUACAAUUUUUCAUAGUCUAUAUACUAAGCAUAACCAAAAUUCAGCACAACAACUUUGCUCUCCUGUGAACAGGGUCGUGAGCAUGUGAUUGCUGGGUUUGUUCAGUGUAUUUGCUCUUACAAAACAGUCUUUGUUGCUUUCCGUGCUUUGUUCACCACAUCUCACUAAGGCAGACACCUUGCUUGCUGUGUGGUAGUGGUAUUGUGAUUUUUAAUUUAAGCAAAAUAAUGAAAUUUGCUUAAAUUCUGUUCUUUUCUUAUAGAAUUACCUCUGGUUGAAAUGUUGGUUGAAGUUCCAGAACUUUCCAAUUGAACUGUAAUUUAACAGGGAUUUGAGUUAACAGUUCAUAUUAGUAACAUUUAAAAAACACUAAUUCUCUUAGAAGGAUAAAUACAGAAUGGAAUUGGAUUUAUCUUUUUACAUUACAAUUCAAAGUAAAAUAUUUUGCUAUUUUGGGGUUGUUUUCUUACAAAUAUUUAACAUUUUGUCUUCACUUAUUAAUCAGAUUACCAUAGCCAUUUCAUUUCAAUUUUUGUAAUUUAUUUCUCUUCACAUUAUAUUUUGAUUAAUAAAAUAUAUAAAGUUGUAAGUAA